AUGUCGUUCCAGAGCUGCAAUGAAGACAUUGAUCUGAGCUGCAGAGAGCAGCCUGGGUACAUGCAACCUACCACAGCAAGCUCUCAGUACAAAGUGUUCAUUUUCAAGAUUCUGCCCUUUCUGCUCUUCAGCGCUGUAAAACUCAACCUCAUCUUGGUUCUGUCGCUGUCCAUGGUGCACACCUUUUGGUGUUACCCAGUUUUCUCUUCUAAGGUGACUGGGAAACCUGAUUACUUUCUCAUCCUACUGAGCAGCUGCCCAACCAGGAUGGAGGGGAGCGACGGACUAGCUUUUCUAAAGCCAGUUUUGGAGAAGACAUCGAUGAAAAGGUCCUUUCGCAACGGAGUCGGCUCAGGGGUGAAAAAAACUUCAUUUCGAAGAGCAAAGCAAUGA